UGAGACAGUCCUGUAUAUAUACACGUGUAUAUAUACAUAUACUAUAUUUUUCAUUUUUUUAUAUAUAAGCCACCACAGUUAUUUAUAGUUCUCGAUAACAUUAUUAUAUAAUAACCUUCAAUUCAAUUAAAUUCAAUUAACAUUCUUCUAGUUCUCAAGCAGCUGCCGCACCAUGAACCUCUCGGAGCAGAUGUCAUUCCUCUUCAGCUGUAACGUCAGGCCGAGUGAGAUGCCACAGCUCCAGAUAAGUGUCGCCAAAAGGGAGCCACUGACGAUAGCCGUCCCCAUGAGCAUUUUCUACAGCAUCGUCUUCUUGUCUGGAGUAGGAACAGCCACUUUACAAGACAGAUCAGAGUUCUCGAUCAGCAAACAACACACAUCUUUACAUUCUCACUAAAUACUGUUCCUUCGUGCUCUACAGAUCUUACUCAAUGGUGUGAGCAUGCUGACCCUCCUCAUGGAUGCUCAUAUGAGAGGCAGUGCCAUUCGUUCCUACCUUAUCAGCCUGGUCAUAUCAGAUAUUUUGCAGCUGUUGACCCUCCCGAUAACACUGUAUCGGUACUAUUGGGAGAGCUACCCAUGGCGUCUCGGCCGAACAGUGUGCAAACUCUACUUCAUGGUGCGCCAAGUGUACUGUGCCACCACAAGCUGGGUUAUAAUGACCUUCACCAUGGAACGCUAUGCAGCCAUUUGCCACACCAUGUGGUCUGUCUCCAGCCUGAAGAAGUUUCGUCUGCCAUGCCUCUUUUUAAUCUGGAUCAUAUCUCUGGUGUCGGCUGUACCCUUUGCUCUGGUCUAUGAUGAGGCGCUUGCCUGCAUCCUGGACUACACUGCCGCUACGCGAGAAGAAGCCUUUCACGUGUCCACCAUGUGUGAGAUGACAGAGCCUGAUCCUGCACACAUCUACAAAUCUGCUAUACUCCUGAGAGCAGGAAUCUUUUUCCUGGUCCCACUCGUCUCCAUUGGUACUCUCUAUCUGCUCAUCUUGCUCUACCUGAGGUGGAACGGACGCCAAAGGAGAAAUAUGGGUCUAACGCGGCCGAAUACAGAAGGAAGACGAGACAUUCAGUGCCAUCAGAAUGGAAAGUUGCUUUUAAAUGAAAAGAGAGCUCUAAAACUCAUGGGUGCAGUCUUGGUGUCCUUUUUUGUUUGCAACUUUCCGGACAUUGCCUCGUCACUGAUGCAGGUCUAUGUGGUUGUGUGGUCUGACACUGUCCUUUCUGUCUACAAAAUCCUGAAAUGGUACUUGUCGCUUCCACUGUGGUAUAUGAACAGUGCUCUGGACCCGCUGCUGUUCUGUAUUUCCUCCCACACAUUUCGCAGGGCGUGCUGGAGAACUCUGGGAAGGCUCAGGCCUACCUUCGACUAG